UGGACAGCGAAACCAUACUAGUUAUAGUGGGACUGGCACUCAAGACCGCCGGCUGCGCUGCAUAAGCCUGUGCGACAAACACGGUUAAAACAAGGAAAUAAUAAGAAAUCCAAGAAUUUAUGUAACUCCCCGGGACGAGAAUCAAUUUGUUUUUUUAAGGGAAGACGAUUAAGAUUCUGCGCCAUGGAUCCCAGUAUUCUCGCGACCAUGGACAAGGAGGCACUGAAGAAGCAGAUCGAAAACAUGAAGUAUCAAGCUUCAAUGGAGCGCUGGCCGCUAUCGAAAAGCAUCGCAGCGAUGAGGGAGUACGUAGAGGAAAAUGAAAAGAACGAUCCUCUCAUACACGCGCCCGACAAGAAGAACAACCCCUGGGCCGAGAAAGGGAAAUGCAUUAUCAUGUAAUUACUAAGUAUGCAAAUAUCACCAAAUUCUAAAGACGUUUCGGCGGGAGGUCUGGUGCAUCAUCAGGGCUCGAUCGGCGCCUGCCAGACACGAACUUCCACAUGCAACUCCGCGCUCCACGCAUACGGACUGAAACUUUUCGAUCGAUCCGGAAAUUCAUAGUAUGGUUUUCAUUCCCCGAGAUAAUCUAGUCCAAUUCCUACUUGUAAAUGUACAUUUCGACUGUGCGAGCAAGCAUGUACUUAUGAAUGUUUCGUUAGAGGAAUUAAAAAUGGUUGUAAAUACGUUAAAUUUUGUAUUUCUAGUGAGGUAACGUUCGGAGAUUAUCGAUAGAGAUAAAAUGGACGGAUAAAAAUUCGGACGAGUAAAUGUUAGCGUUCGGUUCGGCCUUAGCUUAUGAUUUGGGACAGUGAAGACCGCCUUGAGAGUGCGAGGGAACCCGCGAGUCUCUAUGCAAAGUAUCGCAACUUCCUCUAAGACAUUUGCAUAGACGCUGGGCGGAUUCCCGUCGCCGGCCGCAGCGCCCGCAGCGCUCCUGCCGGCCGCCGUCGGAAACGCGAUUUGCCGCCGCGGCUAGGUGUUAAAGUUACCUCGAGCGCAGGGAACCAUCGAGCUCGUGGCUCCCUGUCCUCGAGCGACUAAAUAAUGAUAAUUAAAAUAUAGGGUAUAAUCGCACAUCACAACUUAACUAUUUGCCGGUUCACAGAUAAGGCUUCUCAGGAAUUAAAUUAGGUGACGCCAGCGAUGGAGUCAGGGAAGUAAAACGAGGAAAUGUUAAACGUAGUGAAUGAAUAAUAUCGUAAUGUAAGGAUCAUUCUCGUGAGUUGUAUUCUCGUUCAGAACAAAUGUAAUCGUAAGUCGACUUAGGGUAUGUUUUUAUAAACUGGUACAUUCCGCAGUGCCGUUAUAUAGUAAUGCUUCUAUCGAUAAUUAUCUUAAGUAUGUUCUCACUCGCGUUGCGUUCCCCCGCGUCUCGCGUCGUCAGGACCCCGCUUACAUCGCCAUGCCCAUUAACCUCUAUUAUAAUUAAACUAUCGACUAUAAAUCUAGCACGAUUAGCCUAGUAUUAAUUCAGAAUUGGAAUCGAAGUAAACUCCCCAGGAGAUCGCCGAGUCGAUCUAUCGUAGUUCCGAAGUAAACUUCUUCUAAAUUAUAUUUAAGGAUUAUUGGAUUUGAGACGCUGAAGAUUCUUAUCGAAAUCGACACCGCCGAGGUCUAUUUAAAUAAGAGUUUCGCUCGCGUCGUUAUCGGUAGCUUCUAAUGUACUAAACGGGCCCGAGGCCUGAGUUUCGAUUAAAAUAGAAAAAUUAAACUUACGCACCGUAGGUAAUGUUAGAUUAAACGUAAAAAACUAAACUAUAAACUUAAAAUUUAAACGUAUUUCCCCUACCAUAUCUAGACACGAACUAUGGAAAAUCAUUCUGGCUGUGAGUAUUUCCUCUUUGUUUAGAAGCUCGCUAUGAUUAGUCACAAUUUUGCUAAUACCGACAAUAAAAUCGCCGAUGUUCAUCCCAUCCGGCGGGCGCGGUCCGCUCGCACCACCGCAGUUGGGCGCGCUGACCGCUCCCACAGAGUCGUUAGCGUCCCAUCUCCCUUCGUCUCCCGAGGUCUCCCCUUCAUCGACUCCAUCAGAAUUGUCCUCCUCUUAGUCGUGAAUAGUCUUACGAUAGGAAUUUAGAGUAUUUCGUAGUUUAGCUAUAAUUUAAAAGCGAAAAUCAAAAGUUGUUUGUUAACUUAUAUGAUAAAAAUGCAAUUCAGAGGAUUAACCUUAGUUCUAAUAAAAUGAAAUAUUAACGAGUUUAUUUAAACUAGUGGAUAAAUUAAGGUGUUCGUAUUAUGUGCGCGACGGCAAACGUUAUUUUCAAACAUUCCAACUUGUCAAGGCUCUUCAUUGUAAUUCGCGUUGUUUUCGUCCGUUUCAUUACCUUAGAAACCAAAGAUUUAUAAUUUAUUUUUGUUUAAUUUAUUUACAUUUUAUUAAACGGUUAACUUAAUCAGUAAUUAAUGGAAUAUUCCAAAUAAUAACUAGGUAAGGUGAUAUUGGAAAUGAUUUUUUUAGGAUCAAUAGGCUAAGGAUAUGUUAUUAAUAAUAUGUAAUCAGUAUCACUGAAAUAAAU